CCUUAGCUUCAUCACAAGCAACCAAGCUGUCUCUUGUUGGAUACAUAGUUGGCCUGUUGGAACCACUGAAACACUCCCCCCACGCCCUCUUUUCUCCCUCUACCCCAAUUAACCCUCAUCCUCCUCUUUUCUUCCUCUCUUUUCUCUCUUUCACUUUAUCUCACCAAGAAAAGAAAAAACCUAAACCCUGCUUCUCUCCAUGUUUUUUUUGGGACAACAGAAAUCCCAUUCGAUACAAUCCUAAGGUGGUGGUGGUGGUGGUGGUGGAGGAGCUGCGGCAGGCUUAUUCUAAGGUAGAGUAGUCAGGGCCCCAUUCAUGUUUCUGCACUCUCCUUUUCAAGAUAUCUUGGAGACUUCUCUCUUUUGUUUUUCUUUUAACUAGUUAGGUGUUUCUUCUAUCCAGAUGGCCCCCAUCUUCCCUCUGUUACCUUCUUCGUCACUUUAGAUCUUGAUUCUGAUCAAGCAAACAGUUUGAAAUUUGGGGAUAUGGGUAGUUGAGAUGAGGACACAAAAGCUGAAUAUUAUUGACAAUCUCUAAGAUUAGGGUGACCACUUAGAUUUUGUACGAGGACGAUUUAGUUAAGCUACUCUAGUUAACCCUUUUGAAAAUCAAUUAUAGUAGUCAAUAAUUGACCCCAUAAAAUGCUAGUAGUAGAUUAAUCGUUGGAGGAUUUUAUUUGAGGGGCAAACAUCAAUCUACUUUGGGUUUGAUAUUAUUAUCCUCCGACAGACAUAAAUGGCUCUAGCUGGUGAGGAUAAGGAAAUGAGAAUACCAUCAGGUUCUUUAGGUUAUGACCCACUUGAAAACCUAGAGCAUAGCACCGCCACCCAUCAUAACCAUCAUAUUCAGCAUCCCGAAGACCAGCUGAUUCACCAAGAGAAAUCUUCCCGAGGCCCCGGUGCAACUGCAGCUGCACUGAGUUCAGGUGGAUCUAAAUCCAAAACUCCAACUCCCACAGCUGGAAGAAGUCAUAGCACUAGUAGUACUAGAUACCGCGAAUGCCUCAAGAACCACGCUGCUAGCAUUGGCGGAAAUGUUACAGAUGGUUGCGGAGAAUUCAUGCCCAGCGGUGAAGAAGGAACCCUCGAGGCCUUCAAGUGCGCUGCUUGUCACUGCCACCGCAACUUCCACCGCAAAGAAUCCAGUGGAGACGGUGCAAUUGUGGUGCACCAGCUCCCACUUCCGCCGCCGCUGCCCUCUCCGUCCAUGAACCAACAUCGUGGGGAGUCCAUGAACGUGCACGCUAACCACUGGACUACUAUGGUUCAGCCAGUGAAGAUGGCUUUUGGAGGUGGGAGUGCAAGUGCAGCCACAGAUUCUUCAAGUGAGGAGCUGAAUUUCAACGCCUACCAGUCAACAUCAGUUCCUCCACCCCCGCAAUUUGUUCUUGCAAAGAAGAGGUUUCGGACUAAGUUUUCUCAGGAGCAGAAGGAUAAGAUGCUGGCAUUUGCCGAGAAACUCGGAUGGAGGAUUCCAAGGGAAGAUGAUACUGAAGUGCAAAGGUUUUGCAGUGAGGUUGGAGUGAAAAGACAAGUUUUUAAGGUUUGGAUGCACAACAACAAGAAUUCUGCCAAAAAGAACCCUCAAGAAUCAUAAAUAAACGUUUUAAGGGGAAUGCAGUGUAGUGGGAUUCCUAGAUUUAUCUCGAGUAUAUUAGGUGAUGUAGAAUGGGUGUGGGUUUUUGUAUAGGGAGAGUAGUAGAGAUGAGAGAUGGAUUACGGGCUCCUGAGUUUCUCUUCUUUCAUUAGUUAAGAUUCAUGUAUGCUUUUCUGGGGAUCGAUCGAGGUGCCUUUCUCUUACUUAUUUUUAUUAUUUUUAAUAUUUUUUU